AUGAUUUAUUCUUCGUAUGGGCAACUCUUUGGUUGCCUGGACCGUGGAAACCUAAACGGUCGAUUGGUUUCAACCAUUUAUAAUCUUGGUGGAAUUACAAUCAAUGAAUUAAGAGCCAUGAUAGCAUAUAAAAGAGAUAAAAAUGCCUUAGCAUCCACAAAUAUGGUCAACGGCGAGACAAAUAAGGAUCCUGAUAUAGUUCUUUUAAAUUCCGGCGAUGGUGAUUAUUCGCCUGCAGUAAAUCGAGCUUUGAAAUGA